GUUUGGUAUUUUGACCAGAUUGAGAAACUCUGUGAUGAACGUUGGUCGCCUAACGGGAGGAAACUCCGUGAAGACAUUGGUCGGCCGCUUAGAUUCGUGACGACGUCAGCGCGCUAAACGCGUUUGAAACGUUUACGCGGAAGAUCCAUAAUGGAGGCUCUGACACAGGCUCUCUCCUCCAGCUUCUCUGUGUCCAGAGAACCAAACACCACGUCUGCACCUCACCCACGUCUGGCCCAAUACAAGAGCAAAUACAGUGUCCUAGAGCAAAGCGAACGCCGCAGAAGAUUCCUGGAGCUACAGAAAGAGAAGAGACUGAACUAUGUGAAUCAUGCUCGUCGACUGGCAGAUGGAGACUGGACCGGAGCGGAUAGUGAAGAUGAGGAGGAUAAAGAGAAGGAGAAGAAGAGUCAACAGCAGCUUGACAAAAGCGCAGAUGAGGACGGGAUGGAGAUUGAGGAGAGGAAAAAGCUGCCAAGACAUUACGCCAACCAGCUGAUGUUGUCGGAGUGGCUGGUGGAUGUCCCUGCUGAUCUGAGCUCUGAUUGGCUGAUGGUAGUUUGUCCGAUUGGCAAGCGAUCCCUCGUCGUUGCCUCCAAGGGGUCCACUACAUCCUACACUAAGAGUGGCUACUGUGUGAAUCGAUUCCCCUCUCAUCUUCCUGGUGGAAGUAGGCACAACUCUGCACUGGGAAAAGAUUACACCAUUCUAGACUGCAUCUACAGCGAUGUGGACAGAACCUAUUACAUACUGGACGUCAUGUGUUGGAGGGGACAUCCGGUCUAUGACUGCCCGACAGAGUUCAGAUUUUAUUGGCUGCAGUCUAAAGUGGAGGAGGCUGAAAGUCUUUCUGAAAUUUCUAAAAUUAAUCCUUUCCGAUUCGUCAGUCUGAGCAACAUCCCCUGUUUAACAGAGUCUAUCCAGAAAGCUCUUGCACAUGAAUACAGCUUCACUGUGGACGGCCUUCUUUUCUACCACAAGGAGACCCACUACACCCCUGGUAGCACACCACUGGUGGGCUGGCUCAGACCUUACAUGGUGGCAGAUAUCUUGGGCAUAGAGGUGCCACAGUGCCCUCUUACCAACAAGCCUGAGUAUGCCAGCCACCAACUUCAGCAGAUCCUGGAACACAAGAAAACAUCUACAGAAGUUCGUCCCGCGGAUCAGAACGGCCGAUAUGAACUGGAACACCUCUCCACACCAGAGGCACCGCUAGAGAAUUCACAAACCUCUCAGAAGGAGAACAUGGAGGUCUGAGGUCUAUAAAUAGACUACACGAAUUUAGUAUUUGUAGAGUUCUAGAUGUGGAUCCUGUUUGGAUCGAUUUGAUUUAGCCUGAAUUCAGACAUGAAGAUCACUAACCAGAAUAGUCUUAAUUCUAAAGAACAGAAAUGUGAACGAGUUGGGUUUUUACUUGGCGUAUUAUUCAAUUGCAAUUUUGUUAUGAGUGCCUCGUAAGGGGCUAUUCGUAUCAAUAUAUUCAUAAAACUAAAACUUAAUUGCUUUUUUGCCAAAUAUUUUAGUGAAUGUACAGCUAAUAACAAUAGGAUAUUCACGGUUCAAUUAUGCACCUCUACACAACGUCUUUGAUUUUAAAUGUAUCUUUUUAAAUUGACCUUCUCUGUAGAAGGUCAACUAUUAUCUGGUGAUAAAACCAAUGAAUUGUUUUUUAAAUAUGUGUUGCCAUUUCAAUAAAGUUUUACUGUCCAUG